AUGUUCCCUCUGGGAUCAGAGCAGUGUCUGAACGGCUCCCAGCUGCUGGUCAAUUUUGGCCUGAGUCCCGCUGCUCCUCUGACCCCUCGUCAGUUUGCUCUGCUGUGCCCAGCCCUGCUUUAUCAGAUCGACAGCCGCGUCUGCAUCGGAGCUCCGGCCCCUGCACCCCCAGGGGAUCUACUAUCUGCCCUGCUUCAGAGUGCCCUGGCAGUCCUGUUGCUCAGCCUCCCUUCUCCCCUAUCCCUGCUGCUGCUGCGGCUCCUGGAACCUCGUCUACUGCGGCCCUUGCUGGGCUUCCUGGGGGCCCUGGCCGUGGGCACUCUUUGUGGGGAUGCACUGCUACACCUGCUACCGCAUGCACAAGAAGGGCGGCACGCAGGACCUGGUGGACUACCAGAGGAGGACCUGGGCCCGGGGCUGUCAGUGCUCGGAGGCCUCUUCCUGCUCUUUGUGCUGGAGAACAUACUGGGGCUUUUGCGGCACCGAGGGCUCAGGCCAAGAUGCUGCAGGCGAAAACGAAGGGAUCUCGAAACACGAAACCUGGACCCGGAGAAUGGCAGUGGGAUGGCCCUUCAGCCCCUACAGGCAGCUCCAGAGCCAGGGGCUCAAGGCCAGAGGGAGCAGAACAGCCAGCACCCACCAGCCCCAGCCCCUCCUGGGCACCAAGGCCACAGUCAUGGGCACCAGGGUGGCGCUGAUAUCACGUGGAUGGUCCUCCUGGGAGAUGGUCUACACAACCUCACUGAUGGGCUGGCCAUAGGUGCUGCCUUCUCUGAUGGCUUCUCCAGUGGCCUCAGUACCACCUUAGCGGUCUUCUGCCACGAGCUGCCCCAUGAACUGGGUGACUUUGCCAUGCUGCUCCAGUCAGGGCUGUCCUUUCGGCGGCUGGGGCUGCUGAGCCUUGUGUCUGGAGCCCUGGGACUGGGGGGUGCAGUCCUGGGGGUGGGGCUCAGCCUGGGCCCUGUCCCCCUCACUCCCUGGGUGUUUGGGGUCACUGCUGGGGUCUUCCUCUAUGUGGCCCUUGUGGACAUGCUACCAGCCCUGCUUCGUCCUCCGGAGCCCAUGCCUACGCCCCAUGUGCUCCUGCAGGGGCUGGGGCUGCUGCUGGGGGGCGGCCUCAUGCUUGCCAUAGCCCUGCUGGAGGAGCGGCUACUGCCCGUGACCACUGAGGGCUGACGGGGCCAGUGGAAAGGGGUCAGGUUGCCCUUUCUUCCCCCCAACCACAGGAAUGGAGGCGGGACACAGGGCCAGUAGGAGCAACAGGAUUUUAAUAAACAGAACCCAUCCCAAA